AUGGACCCACCAACGGUCUGUAGGUCUAGUCGUAGUCCAUGGCCUGAACAACUUAUUGGUGGCCUUUCCACGGAUCCACCUCUGAGUUCAGAUGCUAGAAGUGUUGUUGAAUUGACAACUGGAACAUCAGAUGAUGGUCAAGAGAAGGCCAAUGGAUACGCUCCAGAAAAUAAUCCCCAGUACACAAUUGUUUGUGUGUGUACAACAGUUGACCUCCAUCAUCAUUUUCAUGAACUUGGGGCUGGUGUCAUUGAAGAAUAUAUAUGUAUUCAGCGAGACAAAGAUUUUGGUUUUGUAAGAUACAAUAGUCAUGUUGAAGCCGCUCGAGCUAUUCAGUUGGGAAAUGCCUGA